GGUCAACUAACCCCGUUUUCGGUCAACGCGACUGAAAAAGAACAAACAAAACCCAAAUUAAAGUACCACGCUAAAGAAACUAGUCCAGAAUUUUCUUGACAAGAUUUACUGGUUAAGAAUGUUCUUAACUGCCAUCAGUUCUAAGAUCGAUUUCGUGGUGUAAAGGCAAACUAACUAUGAGAAAUGCAAUUUGCUUUUGGCUAUUUCCUUUACUUGGCUUGGCCCUGACUAGUGAAUGCAGUGCUAAGAACACAAACCAAACUGUGGAAGUGUCUAGCACUUCUAAUCGGGGUAUGAGCUAUUUGCGUCAGAGCACCGAGUAUCUGCCGCAUUUAUUGGAACGUAAGAAACGUUGGCUUACAUUUGAAUUGGGCUCCUCGGUAACGCUUACUGCCAACUGUGCUAAGGCUAUUGUGGAUACUAUACCAAGAGGAUUACUUUGGCUCGCAGAAUUAACAUCGAUUUAUGAAUUACCUGCUGCUGUCGAAGAUUGGAUACCAAGACGUGUAGGAAAACCAAAGACAACGAUUCCACCCAUACCGCCACCACCCCCGCCUCCACCACCACCUCCGCCACCUCCAAUGCCAUCAGCUUCUCCUGGACAACUGAUACAGCCAUAUGCUCCUAUCGACUCUCAGAAACCAAUAAUAGUUCCCCUAAGUCCAGCCGAUCCAAUUCAAUCCUUUUACUUUCAGUAUCCACAAGCCAUACCCAGUCUCAAUCGUCGUAAAUCCGCCGGAGCAAGUGGCUGCCCAGCUGAAAAUCUUGUCAAGGAUAUGUAUGGCACUUAUUUUUGCCGACCUUCGGUUAUGGGGCGGCGACUGAGACGUGAAAUACAGGGCAAUGGUGCGAAAUUGUUGCAACAAGAGCAUCAGAGUCCGCAUGGUAUGCUCUUUGAUGUGUUGACCCUUCUUGCCGAAAUUCACAGCUAUCAGCCGCGAUACUGCAUCAUGCGAACUCUAUGCGAGUCCCGCCAUCUGCUGGCAGCGCCUGGGACAUCGCUCUUCCACGAUAUCUUUCGAAUCUUGCUGCGUUAUGUGUUCCCAGAGAUCGCCCAUAAGCCCACCUAUCGAGAGGCUUUCACUGCUGGCCAUUCGAUGCAUAAGUGUGCCAGCCUCUAUGGUCCACAUUGUCGACAGAGCUUUCUGCUGCACUUUAGCAACCAGUUUCAGCGAAAAUAUUCAGGAUAAUUUAAUAAAUAAAAGAAAAUAUUUCCAACAUAUAUGUAUAUACAAAUGUGUGGAAUAUAUAUUUGGCUGUGUACAUUGACGUAAGCUGAGCAUUUGGUCAAAAAUUGCAUAUAGAAUUGUGUAUAUAAAAUAUUCAAAAUAACGUAUA